CCUUCCUUCCGGCUUCUGUCCAGCUUCUCUCUGCUUUCGCCGGGCGCCACCCGCGGCCAGGGUACGAAUGCUACCAAAACGGCGGCGAGCGGGGGUCGGGACCCCGGACACCGCCCCCUCCUCCGCGGCACGCUUCCCUGGGGUCACUGUCUACCUGGCUGAGCCACGCAUGGGCCGCAACCGCCGGGCCUUCCUCACACGCCUGGCUCUCUCCAAGGGCUUCCGCGUCUUGGACGCCUACAGGUAUCACCAUGCCGUCGCGCACGGUGGGCCGGGAGAUGCUGCUGAGUGGCGUGAUGGCCUGAACACAGAUGCCCGUGCUCGGAACUUUGCAGCUGAUCAGCCACAUUCACAGGUGACACACGUCAUGAUGGAGGGGAUCUCAGCAGAGGAGGCCGUCUGCCAGCAGGAGCGCAGGACGGCGGCCCUUCACCCAGGAUGCACUCGCCCAGUGCUCUUAGACGUAAGCUGGUUCACGGAGAGCAUGGCGGCUGGGCAGCCAGUCCCUGUGGAGUGCCGGCACUGCUUGGAGGUGGCUGUGUGCGGGAAGGGGCCGCCACGCCCAGCAUGGAGGCUGCCCUGUGCCUGCCAGCGGCCCACACCCCUCACGCACCACCACGCCGGCCUCUCGGAGCUGCUGGAACGCGGAGUGUGUGAGGAGGUGGAGAGAGUUCGGCUCUCGGAGAGGUACCAGGCCAUGAAGCUCUUCACUCAGAUCUUUGGGGUCGGGCUAAGGACCGCUGACCGGUGGUACCAGGAGGGGCUACGGACGCUGGACGACCUCCGAGAGCAGCCCCAGAGCAGAGAGCAGCUUUCAUUUCCUGUAUGCUUGGUGUCUUACCCAAGAAAUCACUGCCAAGACAAAUGUCAAGAAUUUUUCCCUGUGUUUUCUUCUAAGAGUUUUACAGUUUCAGCGUGCUGGAACUUCUCUGCUGGACUUUGCAGUUGCACAAAAGCACUCUUCUCGUCUGUAGGAAGCAGGAUGUCAGUGCCUCUGGGGAAACAGCUCUUUUUUACCGGCGUGGCGGCUAGCGGGGGCUGCGCCCUUUUGUACUACCUGAUACAGAAAACUUUUUCCAGGGCUUCCUAUUACCAGUUGGCGUUGGAGCAUCUGCACAGCCACCCUGAGGCACUGGAAGCUCUGGGCACUCCUCUCAACGUUCACUAUCUCCGACUCACCGACAAGUACAACUUUGUGGACAUUGCUGAUGCAAAGUUGAAGAUUCCUGUCUCUGGACCCAAGUCAGAGGGCUAUGUCUAUGUCACCUCAUCCAGAGAUGCCCCCUUUAAGAGGUGGAACCUUCAGGAGGUCUUCUUAGAGCUCAAGGAUGGCCAGCAGAUUCCCCUGUUCAAGCCCAGUGGGGAGAACAGCAAUGAGCUGAAAAAGGAGUGAAGUGUUUGCUGGAUUUUUUCUUGCUGUGGCCAAGCCACAGAAAACCAGGGCCUGAGUGGACCAUCUGUUCCGAAGUAAAAGCAAGUAAGUUUCUGUGUACGAUUUGUAUGAAGAGGCUUUCCUAACCCAGCUGACAGGAAACAGUAUGUAGUGAAAAGAUCCUUGAUUUCUGUUUUAAAGUCACCAUCUUGGGUAUUAUUUCCAGUUAAGCAUAUUUCCAUGGACUUCUUAAUGCCUUUAUGGUUGAUUGUGAACAGGCCAGAACCUGGUCCUUGCAAUAGACAUUGUCCUUUCUUUCCUUGAAGUAAUGCCGUAUACCUGUAGCCCACUACUUCCUGUGUGUCCAGUGAUCACUGUGAUCCAGCCAUGGACUCCCAGUAAUGACCUGGAAGACAUCUUGGAGGAUGCACGUCAUCAUCAGAGGCAAAGGAGACUUUUCACUGUUUGAGCAAGUGUUCCCAGCACACCCCAUGAGUCAGCCCAGUGGUGACUGGAGAAAGGGCUCACUAGAAUUGUAAGAAUUAUAGAUUUAUGAAGACUGCAGAAGAGCGAUCACAGCCAACAAGUGGCGGUAGGACUCCCACGUGCCUUUACUAAGAUGCUGUAUGGUCUCUGCUCACAAGCGGCUUAUGUAAUACUGGACUAGAAGAGUUCCAAGCAGCGGUGCUAAAACGAGGUAGAAGAGAGACCGAUUAGGGGGAAUCCAGGAGGCCAAUCAGGUCACUCCUCCCUCUUGGUGGACUGGUGACCUCAUGGGCUUAUUUCAGACGUGAGGUCACUCCUCCCUCUUGGUGGACUGGUGACCUCAUGGGCUUAUUUCAGACGUGAUGGAGACUGCCUUGCAAAUAGAAAAACCAUGAAAACAGGCCUCAGCAGGGGAGGUGUGAGCUAUGCUCCAGAAAGAAGAUCUGCCAUUUGGCCAGUGUAUAGGUUAGCUGAAGAUACAGUAAAAGCAAGCCCUGGACAGGUGAGGUGACCAGAGCAUGAAUGCCAGCAUUAGCAUCUUGCAUUGAGCUUGUAGCCCUCAGGUUCUGGAGUAAGUAUAUGAUUCUACUGUUAAUGACGGUUUAAGAGACUGUGCAGAAUUAUACUACUACUCCCAGUUUUGGUGAAGUUGCAUUCAGCAAAGAUGAAGCUAAACUGAAUGACACCCACGUGAAGCAGCCAGCACUGCACCGAUGGUGGCCUCUGGCACAGCGGGAAGGCCAGGGCAAUGCUCUGUCGACAGCAGCUCCACAGGGCUUUCUGAAGGCUGCUUGACUCUGUUUUCAGUUUGUCCGUAUGAAAACUAUGAAUAAAUACUUACCAAUCGCUGGUCUUACAGGCGAGGCAGCGUUUAUACUGCUUGUUGGGAGGCUUGGCCAAAAGAUGCUGUAUCCACAGGAGGCCCCAUGAAGGGGUUGGGGGGCGUUCAAGGAGGAGGUGAGAGGGUGAUGAUGGGAAAAGCCUCCAGCCUCCACCCACGGGAAGAGCCUCUCCUCCUCGGUAACCUGUCCACCAUCCAGGCUUGUCUUUCCGCCGACUCCAGCAGUUGCUCAGUUCAAAGUGCUGUCAGGAACGUGUACAGAAAAGUUGACAUUUUACGAUCCAGGGUUCAAAAGUGGGAGUUGAAAAUAUUAGAAACAUGCCUCUGUAUCAUAGAUCACAUUUCAUUUAAUAAUGAAAGGCAUUUAAUAUACCAUUAGAAGAAGUAAUGGAGAGCAGACAAUACUUAAAAUAGCAAAAAGCAAACCAAAACAAAAACUACUUAGGAAAAAGUGAGCAAGAAAUCUGCAAAACUUACUUAUAUGAGAGGUCUAAAACACACUACUGAAAGGUACAAAUGUAGAACUGGACAAAGGGAAAGACACACCAUGUUCCUGGAUGGCAAGAUUCUUCAUCAUAAAGAUGUCAGUUCUCCCUGAGUUAAAUUUAAUGUGAUUUUUAAAAGACAAGCUAAUUAAUUGUAAAUUCCUUUGGAAGAAGAAAUAAGCAACGAUAGCUAGGAAAUCACUGCAAAGGAAGAGUAAGGAAGGGGGGGGGCUAGUCUUACAGACAUUAAAACAUAUUUGUAAAUAAAAUAAUGAAGUGCUGGCACAUGAAGAGACAAUGCAAUGAAAAUAUAGACGUGCAUAUGGAGAUCUGGUUAUGGUAAAGCAGCAUCUAAAUCAGGGAGGGAGAGGAAGACAUUUGAAAAGUGAUGUUGGAACAACCUGAUAGCCAUAUGCAAAAAGAUGAAAUGGGAUCAACUGCUCACCAUACAUUCCAAUUGGAUCAAAAGAUCUAAAUGUAAAAAUGAAACCAUCUAAGCACUAGCAGAAAAAUAUGGGUGAAUUCUUUUAUAACCCAGAAGUGGAGAAACUCACCUAACCAUGAUUCAUUAUAGAAUAAAGAAAAUUGACUGUAUAAAAACAAAUUUCUGCAUGUCUAAAAAUACCAAAAGCAAAGUAAAAAGCAAAUGGUAAAAUAUUUAGAAUAUAAAUCACAAAAGUUAAUAUCCUUAAUUUCUAAAGAGUGAAAGUUGAGAAAACAGUAACCCAAUAGAAAAAUGGGCAAAAGAUAUUACGUAUUCACAGAAAAGAAAUGCAAGUGACUCAAACACACUAAAAAAAAAAAAAAGGUCAACCUCACUCUUAAAAAGAAUAUAAAUUCAAACUACAGGAAGAUACCAUUUUUCUUCUAGCAAAUUGGCAAUAAUCCCUAAAUUUGAGAACCUAUUUUCUCAAAAGGCUGUGGGGAAAUAAGCAUUUUUAAAUUGCUGGUGUAAAGACAAAAUGAAACAACACCUGUGGGAGGGAAUUUGACAAUACCUAGAAAAAUGUCACGUACACUUACCAUUCUAUUCAGCAAGCCCACAUCUAAGAUUUUAUCCCAAAGUACACUGGCAAAAAAUACAAAAUGCCAUUUAUGUAAGGUUAUUUAAUGUAACACUAUUGGUAACAGCAAAAAACUGUAAACAACCCAGGUACAACCCAAGUCUCCAUUGAUAGAGAAUGGGUUAAAUAAACUUUGACUUCCAUACAGUUGAGGAGUCUGUACUUGUGAAAAGGAAUUUUAUAUAUGCAUGUGUAUAUGUAUGCAUAUGUUAGCUUCUACUUUCAAAAAGAAACAACGGAAGAAUAACUAAAAUCAAUACAAGUAGUUACCUUUGGGGAAGUAAACAAAUGGCCAGGGGAUGUAAGUAGGAAACAGGGAUGGAAGCUGUACUUUCCUGAAUGUACCUUGUUUUACACUUUUGACUUUGAAAUCAUGCUCUUUUGUUUUUACAUAAUUUAAAAAUAAAAUCACAAAGAAAAAAAUCUUUAAAAUACUUCUUAAAAUAUUGAAACAAAUGAACCACACAGAGAAGAAAUAUUUCAAGUGACUUUCAAACAGUUCUGACUCAACAUCCUUGGUGGGAUAUAUCCUCAUGGCAAAAAGGAACCUCAAGAAAUUUUAAACUACUUUCAGUGGUCUAGUGUUAGUGCCCACGUGCGUACACACACACACACACUCACUCACUGGAGACUUCCUCCUUCCCAUACUUGUCACUCCUUCUACAACAGAGAGAAACCUGGCUCUCAUAAUCCGAGGUGUAUUUACUAAUUUGCUUAAAUCUAAAAUACACAGAAGGAGUUCUCCUACUGUCAACUUUAAAAAGCAAAAACCCCCAGGAGGGACAAGAUGGAGUAGACACACGUUUCCCUAUUCUUCCCACUAAGCACAGCUAAAACCCUAGACAUUUAUCAAACACACUGAAAAAUGAAAAGAAGGCAGAUUGGCCGAGGAUCUUGGGACCCAAGUGAUAACAGCAGUGAGUUCCCUGGGCUUUCUUUUGCCUCAUGUGUCCCAGACUAGGUGCUGGUGAAACCAGCAGCCUAGAAACACCAAUGGCUGCAACAACAAAAGCCAAGAAAAGCCUGCUUUCUCAAGCUAAAGAACUUUCACACAGUAAUCGCCCUAUUCUAGCCAGACACCAUGGAAAAAAAAAUGGCCCCAACCCUACCCUAGCCUGUCAACAAAGGCCAGGUGGAGAGCCGAGACUUGCUCCCCUUACUCAGCUAGAACAAGGCCUUCCCCGCCCGCCCCUUUGGCCCCCGUCCUCUGCAGGGUGUGGUGGCGGAGAAGGCCCAGGGGAGCUACACCCGCCUUUCCUGCCCGCUGGUACUCCCACCCCCCGCGGCAUCAGUGGAGCCCCUAUUCUUCAGUGGGAAGCCGUAAGGAGGUACCCCUCCCCCUGCCUGGGUGUCAGAAGAGGCCAAGUGGUGAGCCUGGACCUUCACCCCCAACUGGCAGCAGUGAGGAGGCAGUGUACAUAUCCCCGCUUCACCCACCGGUAUGGCGGUGUCAGGAAAAGCCUGCUUUUAAAACAGAAGAUUUAGACAAGAUCCAGAGUCCCGUGACAUAAAACCAGACGUCCAAUACACAAUAGAAAACCACGCUUUUAUACCAAGAAGCAGGAAAAUCUGAACUUGAAAAGAAGGAAAGAAAUCAGGAACUUGAAGAUAAAAUAGAAAUUACCCAAUCUGAGCAGAGAAAACAGGCCGACAAUAAUACCUGUGGUUCUAUAACAAAAAAAUCUAGCAUUCAUGUCAUUGGAGUCCCAGGAGAAGAGAAAGGUGGGGCUGAAAAAAGCAUUUGAAAGGAUUAACGUCUGAAAAGUUUCCAAAUUUGGCAAAAGACAUAAACCUAUAUAUUUAAGAAGCCGAGUGGAACCUAAACAGCGUAAACCUAAAGAAAUCUAUGAUAACACAAACUUCUGAAAACUAAAGGCAAAGAAAAAAAGCUUGAAAGCAGCAAGGCAGAAAUACCACCUUACCUAUAGGGGAAAGAUAAUUCAGAUGAUAGCUGUCUCCUCAUAAACCGUGGAGGCCAGAAAAAUGGCACAAAAGUUUUCAAGUUCUAAAAGAACUGUCAACUCUGAAUUCUGCAUCUGAUAAAAUUAUUCUUCAGGAACGAAGGAAAAAUAAAGACUUUCCAGAUGAUGGAAAACAAAAAGAAUUUGCUUGAAUAGACUUCCCUUAAAAGAAUGACAAAAGGAAGUUCUUGAAACAGAAAAUGUUGAGGAAAAAAAGUCUUGGAACAUCAGGAAAGAAGAACAAUGGAAAGAGCAGAAACAUGGGUGAAUAUGAUCGACUUGACUUCUCCUCUUGAGUUAUCUCAGGAAUUGUUUGGUUGUGGAAACAAAAUGUAUAACAUUGUCUGAUGUACUAUUUACCUGAACUGGUAAAAUGUUGACACAACCCAUCUUUGUUGCUAUGAAAUAGUUCUGUAUCUAAAUUGUGGUUACAGGAAACUACAUGUGAUAGAGUGGCAUAGAACUGUACACACGCACUGCUUGGAUGUCAGCCUCCUGGUUUUAGCACUGUACUACAACUACACAAGAUGUGUCUGUACUACUAUCUUUCCAACUCCUUUUAAGUCUAAAAACUUUGUAUUUUGAAAUAAUUGUUAAGGUGUAGGACAAGGACACUGAAUAUGCUGCUUUGAAAGGGGCAAAGAUGAGGUGAUAAUCCUUCCCUCCUGAAUAAUCUCCAGCUCUCUGAGGAUUAAACAUCUCUCUUCCUAAAUAUCUUUUUUUUUUUUCUUCUAGGUACAUUUCUCUCACAAGUUAUUAGAAAACCGGUCACUUUACAGUAAUGGAGAUAACCGAGAGAUAAUAAUUUUCAUGAAAACCGAUCAGUGUAUUGAAACUAAGAGAACAUUUUUAUGUAAAAAUGUUGUUAUACUAUUGCUGAUGACAUAUUUAGUAAAAAUAGUUUAGUUUUAGUAGAUAAAACUCACUUGUUUUAAUAAAAACUGUAAGAAUGAAUGCAAAGUCCUAAGAUUAUUCUGCCAUGUAAAAUGAACUGCUCCCCAAAGGACUGUGUCAGUAUUGGUUUGAAAUAGGAAAUAUCUCCUAUUUAGAAUAUGUUUAGAUUACAAGAGCCUGGCAGGGGGGUUGGCAAACUUAUUCUGUAAAGGGCCAGAGAGUAACUAUUUUAGGCUGAUUAGGCCAUAAGAUCUCUGUUGCAACUACUCAACCCUGCGGGUUUUCCCAUGAAAGCGGCUGUAGACAAAUGUAAAUGAACAGGCUGUGUUCCAAGAAAGCUUCAUUUGCCAAACACGCCACAAGGGCAUAAUGUGCUGACCUCUGUACCAGCCUAAUCUCAGGUUACCUAUCCUCCAGUCAUUAACAAAAAUUCAUCCACAAUCAAGCUACACAAAAAUAAUUUUAAAAAAAUGAUUGUUUAUGGACAUUAAUAUGUAGCCCAAGGUAGACUCCACUGAGGUUAAAGCCCUGGAAAGCUCAAUGAUUCUAUCCUCUGUUUUGCCGGCAGCUGCUAAGAUCCUGGGCAAACCACAUAUUCCCUCUGAGAUUCUAUUACCUCCUCUCUACUUUGAGAGAAUUAGGAGGGAUGUUAUUCCUUCCCAAUUUUGUUACCAUGAAUUUCAAUUCAGCAGACUUACUUCCACUCUUACCAACAAAACUUUAGACCGAGACUUUAAAUGAAGAGCUUCAAAAGAAAAUGACACUCAUUUUUAUUUGAAUAAUUUAUAACAUAGGUCUGAUGAAGCACAGUGAGCUAAAACUGACCACUGGAGGAUUAGGAAUGUCAAAAACCAAAACUGAAAAACAGAGAGUAUCCAAAACAAUAGCAUCAAAUAACAAAAUACACAGGGAUAAAGUUCGCAAAGGAUGUACGAGGACUCUACACUGGAAAAUAUAACAUGAUGCCGAGAAAAAUUGAAAUAAACGAACGGGAAUACACACUAUGUUCACAGCCUGGGAGAACUGUUAAAAAGUCAAAUUGAUUGACAGAUGAAUCGCAAACAAAAUCCCACGAGGCUUUUUUAGGGGGUGAUUUUGGUAGAAGUUGACAAACCAACGCUAAAAUUUCUUCAGAAAUGCCAAGGACCUAGAAUAAACAACAGUCUGAAAAAUGAAGGAAUUGGAAGUCCUACUGUACUUGACAUCAGGACUUACAAAGUUCUGACAAAAAGAUAAGCAAAUAAAUUAAUGAAACAGAAGAGUGUGCAGAAGUAGAUCCACAGACAUACGGUCAGAUGAUUUGAGACAAGGACAGCAAAACAGUUCAAUGCGGAAAGGAAAAUUGGUCUGACAAAUGGUGCUGGAACAACUACAUAUUCAUACGGAAAACAAGGACACUUGACCCUACCUAACACCAAAGGGGACAAAAGUGUAAAGUGGAUUGCAGGCCUGAACAUAAAAGUUAAAACUAUAAAGCUUAAAAAAAACCUUCGUGACUUUGGGGUAGGUAAGGACUUCUUAAAGAGGAUACAGAAAGUAUUAACCAUAUAAAACAAAAAUCGAUGAAUUGGACUUCAUCGAAAUUACAGCUACCUUCUCAUCAAAAGACACUGUUGAGAAAACAGACAACCCACAGUCGGAAAAAAAUAUCUGUAACAUGUAAAUCCUAUAAAGGACUUGUAUCCAGAAUAUAUAAAAGAUUAUCACAACUCACUAUCCAAUUAAUAAAAAGGGAGAAAAAGGACGACACAAAAAAGGUUCAACAAACACAUGAAAUAGUGUUUGUUCCUCACUAAUCAUCAGGGAAUAGCAAAUUAAACCACCUUGUAAUACCACCACAUACCCAUGAGAGUGGCUAAAAUAAAAAAGAUGGCCAACAGUAAAUGUGAAGCAAUGAGAACUUGCAUAUAUUGCUGGCAGGAAUGGCAAACAGUACAAUCGCUUUAGAAAUGGUUGGGCAUUUUCUUAAAAAGUUACAUAUCCAUCUCUCCCGUGGCCUAGAAAUUCUACUCCUGUUUAAUCUAAGAGAAAUGAAAACGUGUCCACAGAAAAUCCCUGGACAAGAAUAUCUGAACUUCCCUGGUGGCGCAGUGGUUAAGAAUCCACCUGCCAAUGCAGGGGACACAGGUUCAAGCCCUGGUCCGGGAAGAUCCCACAUGCCGCCGAGCAGCUAAGCCCGUGCGCCACAACUACUGAGCCCGUGAGCCACAACUACUGAGCCUGCGCACCACAACUACUGAAGCCUGCGUGCUCUAGGGCCCACAUGCCGCAACUACUGAGCCCGUGCUCCGCAACAAAAGAAGCCACUGCAAUGAGAAGCCCGCGCACUGCAACUAGAGAAAAGCCCGCAUGCAGCAGCAGCAAUGAACACUCAAUGCAGCCAAAAAAAAAAAAAAAAAAAAACAAACAAAAACAACAGAAAAAAGAA